UUGCCCGGGGGAGAGCUCGGGCUCUGGCGCGCAGCCCCUCGCAAAGGGUUAAUUUCUCCGAUCGCACGAGGGGGAGGAGAUUUCCCUGCAGACGAGUAGAAAGGGUGAUGGACAGACGUGCGGGCACUAAGACCGCAAGGCAUUCGUCUCCUCCCGCGGUGGAUGCGGACGCCGGGAGGAGCGAGCCCAGCGCUGAGCCGGCAGCCGCGCAGAGAACACGCAGCGACCCCGAAGAGCAGCCCCAAUGAACAUGUCAGUGCUGACUUUACAAGAAUAUGAAUUCGAGAAGCAGUUCAACGAGAACGAAGCCAUUCGAUGGAUGCAGGAAAACUGGAAGAAGUCGUUCCUGUUCUCCGCCCUCUACGCCGCCUUCAUCUUCGGCGGCCGGCACCUGAUGAACAAGCGGGCCAAGUUUGAGCUGAGGAAGCCGCUAGUGCUGUGGUCCCUGACCCUCGCCGUCUUCAGUAUAUUCGGUGCUCUCCGAACUGGUGCUUACAUGGUGUACAUCCUGAUGACCAAAGGCCUGAAGCAGUCGGUGUGCGACCAGAGCUUCUACAACGGCCCUGUCAGCAAGUUCUGGGCCUACGCCUUCGUGCUCAGCAAAGCGCCGGAGCUCGGGGACACGAUAUUCAUCGUCCUGCGGAAGCAGAAGCUGAUCUUCCUGCACUGGUACCACCACAUCACCGUGCUGCUCUACUCCUGGUACUCCUACAAGGACAUGGUGGCCGGCGGCGGCUGGUUCAUGACCAUGAACUACGGCGUGCACGCCGUCAUGUACUCCUACUACGCCUUGCGGGCGGCGGGCUUCCGCGUGUCCCGCAAGUUCGCCAUGUUCAUCACCUUGUCCCAGAUCACCCAGAUGCUGAUGGGCUGCGUCAUCAACUACCUGGUCUUCUACUGGAUGCAGCAGGACCAGUGCCACUCCCACUUCCAGAACAUCUUCUGGUCCUCACUCAUGUACCUCAGCUACCUUGUGCUCUUCUGCCACUUCUUCUUCGAGGCCUACAUCGGCAAGAUGAGGAAGACCACGAAGGGCGAGUAGUGCCGGCGAGGAGGAAGCCAUAGCUCAGGGCCAUCAGGGACAGACGAGGACAUGGCACAAGGAACGACACGGUGCAGCUACCACGAGCGAACACGCGCAGACACGCCGGGCGGUGCAGGGGGACAGGGCGACGUAACCCAGUAAGUUUAUGACCCUCUUGGGGCGAGGACUCACUGAGCACACCUCCACGUCGCACUGCUGCUGCGAGACCCCACCCCUCUUCAUCUGUCAACUCGAGGACAAAGAGCAAGAGCAGGCCGAGGCAGGGCGAGACCGGAGGGCAGGAGCGCUCCCCUCGCGGCACGGAGCGCGUGUGUACUACCUGUGUGGGUCUCAAGGGGCGAGGGCCGUGCCCUUUGAGACCGUGCACGCAGACAGGGGCCUCUCCGACCCUUUCUGACCCUGAGCUGGCGCCAUCAGGGAGGGUGGACGUGGACGCGACGCGGCUGUGGGCCUGAAACAGCAAUGCCUGUGCAGAAAUGAAAGCCCGUCUGAGGAAGGCCGGCUGUCCGAGCCCCGUAGCUUCUCCUCACUGCACGGCCUCAGGCCAGGGAGUCUGCCGAACCUAAAGGGGCGGAUACCCACGGGGCGUGACGCCACCCAGGGUUCCUCCUGGGAGGGCGGAAACCCCAGUGGCCCGCCUGGCAGGGCGGCCUCCCCGGGCAUGGCGGGUGAUUGAGCUGCACUUCUUACUCCCGGGUGGGAGGCCCUGUCCUUCGUUCAUGUCCAGGCUUUUGACCAGAGAGUUGGAACAGAAUCAAGCAGAUGAAACUCCAGCGAGCGACUCCACAGUGGCGUCUGCUCCUGUGAGGCUUGGCCCAGAGUGGUGGCUCUUGUGCUGGGAAGGAAACGUGGGGGGCAGGGGUCGGCUCAGCAGCCAGACACUACGGAGCCCAC